GCAGCCAGAUCCUGGGAGGGAGUCCAGUUGCCUAGCAGGCUGUGGGCAGGUGCAGACAGGUGUGGCCGAGCCGAGCCGUUAGAGUCAGUGAAGCCAGCUCCAGCCAGCCUCUCAACCCUCCAGCCUUCUGCCGUCUCUGCCAGGGCUGCCCAGGGGGCCCCAGCCAGCCCUUGCGCCCCUUCCCACACCCCUGGGCCGCCGCCACCACCGCCGCAGCCAUGUCUAUGGGCUUGGAAAUCACCGGGGUGUCCUUGGCCGUGCUGGGCUGGCUGGGCACCAUCGUGUGCUGCGCGCUGCCCAUGUGGAGGGUGACGGCCUUCAUCGGCACCAGCAUCGUGACGGCGCAGAUCAUCUGGGAGGGCCUGUGGAUGAACUGCGUGGUGCAGAGCACGGGCCAGAUGCAGUGCAAGGUGUACGACUCGCUGCUGGCGCUGCCCCAGGACCUGCAGGCGGCCAGGGCCCUGCUCGUGGUGGCCAUCCUGCUGGCCGCGCUCGGACUGCUCGUAUCGCUGGUGGGCGCGCAGUGCACCAACUGCGUUCAGGACGACACGGCCAAGGCCAAGAUCACCAUCGUGGCUGGCGUCGUCUUCCUGCUGGCCGGCGUGCUCACGCUCAUCCCUGUGUCGUGGUCGGCCAACACCAUCAUUCGGGACUUCUACAACCCCUUGGUGGCCGAGCCGCAGAAGCGGGAGAUGGGCGCGGGGCUCUACGUGGGCUGGGCGGCCUCGGCGCUGCAGCUGCUGGGCGGGGCGCUGCUCUGCUGCUCCUGUCCACCCAAGGAGAAGAAGUACACGCCAGCCAAGAUCCUCUACUCCGCCCCGCGUUCCACCGCCACCACCGCCGCCGGUGUGGGGCCCAACUACGACCGCAAGGACUACGUGUGAGGGAGUCCGCGCCCGCCACGCCACGCCGCGCCACGCCACGCCGCGGGCCCCCGACGGUCUGGCUGGCGCUAGGCGGCGGGGCACGGGUCAGCGGCCUGCCGGACCGACUGAAAGGUGGACGGGAGGGGGCGCCCGCC